AUGCCAAGCGUAGCUGUAAAAUUAUAUAGUGUGUUCUUCAAAUUCCUUCUCAAACACCGGUUGCAGAACCGAAUCCAAAACCCUUUGGAUCAAAAUAACAUUAACUCUUUCGGCGUCACGUCACGGGCUGAUGAGUCAAUCGCGGCCGCCAACCCUUCAUUCACCGACGGCGUCGCCACCAAGGACAUCCACAUCGACCCCUUAACCUGUCUCUCCCUCCGAAUUUUUCUCCCUGACACGUGUUUCGUCUCUUCUGAUUCCGAUUCUAAGUCCCAGUCUAGAGCUAGGGUUAGGGCUGUGAGUAAAAACUCCAAUACCGAAAUUGGAUCAGAUCCCAAUCUGAAUCUGAAUCUGAAUCGCAGCCCUGCUCGGCGAAACAGCUAUGGAUCUUCUAAUGAUAAUGACGUCUUUACACGUAAUGAGAAUCAAAGAAGGAAUAGUUAUGGUUUUGUUGGGGAUGAUUCGAGUUUGAAACCGUCAGAGAGUGCGGGUUAUAGAGGCUAUGCACCGAUGAACAAUAAUUGCCGAAAAUUACCAGUGUUGUUGCAAUUCCACGGGGGAGGGUUUGUGAGUGGUAGCAACGAUUCGGUGGCAAAUGAUUUUUUCUGUCGAAGGAUUGCCAAAUUGUGUGAUGUGAUUGUGUUGUCCGUUGGGUAUAGGCUUGCGCCAGAGAAUCGGUACCCAGCGGCAUUUGAGGAUGGGCUGAAGGUGCUGCAUUGGCUGGCAAAGCAGGCGAAUUUGGCGGAAUGUAGUAAGUCGUUGGGGAGUACAAGGGGUGGUGGCACGGAUUUGAGGAAGAAUGAUGUUAAUAGACAUAUUGCAGAUGCUUUCGGAGCAUCUAUGGUGGAGCCUUGGUUGGCUGCUCAUGGAGAUCCAUCCAGGUUAGAUUGUUCAUUCCAUUGUCUCGGUGAUAAUCUUGCUUUGCUUAUGUUGCUUCUAUGA